UGGUAAAGGUGCUCUGAGGGCGGAGCUAUCUGUCUAGAUCCCGGAAGACGAGCAAGACAGACAAAAUAAGAGAGGACCGCUGCAAGGGUGCAAAGUUACAAUAACGAGGAAGCCCGAUGGCUACAGAGGGAGAACCCACAGACCUGGUGAAAAUCACCCAUCUGCUGAUCCUGGCUGGCUCGUGGGGCAUGCAGCUCUGGGUCACGUUUGUAUCAGGUUUCGUGCUGGCGGCUGGGGUCUCUCGUCACACCUUCGGCUUGGUCCAGAGCAAGCUGUUCCCCUUCUAUUUCUACGGCGUGCUCGUCUCCUCCUUUCUGAACCUGGCGGUCUACGCAGCGUACCACCCCCGGGAGCUGCUCGACACAUACGAGGCUGUGCAGAUGGCUCUGUUUUUCUCCUGCGUGCUGUUAGCAGGCCUCAACGCCCAGUGGUUCAGCCCCACGGUGACGGAGGCGAUGUUCCUCAUGCAGGAGGUGGAGAGGGAGCACGGACUGGGGGGGGAGGUGGGCGUGCGCACCAGCAAGGAAGCCUACAGCAAGCUCCGAGAGCAGGACCCCAAAUACAAGAGCCUGCGAGGGACCUUCUACAGAUACCACGGGCUCUCCUCUCUGUGCAACCUGCUGUGUGUCGUCUGCACCGGAGCCAGCCUGGUCUACACUGCUCUCAACCUCCGCACUGUGUGAGGCAGGGCUGGGAGCCACACGGGGGCUCCGGAAAGCAUAGCAGACCAGCCCUCGCCAGCAUGCAGCUGUGCUGCAACUAAAGCUUUCUGAAGUCACCUGCAGCAGGAGGGAAGCUAGAAGGUUUUUAAUAUUAUUUUUUCUGCUCAGGACAAGACUUAAUAUUUUCCAUGGAAGUUGUUUAAACUGAGCUGGCGUUUAGCAGUAUCGGACGCGAUAAAAAGAUUCAGAGGCGAUAUUGUUUAAAGAUGAGGCUCGCAUUAAAACGUGGAUAGGUUUUGUUUGAUACCAGGGUUGGGGUCAAUCGCUUCUAUUCAAUUCCAGUUCAGUUUUGAAGGACGCGGGAUUGAUUUAAAAACGGAACAGGAAUUGGAAAUGGGUGUGACGGGGCCGAGGCUAACAGCCUGAACCACACCGCAAAAGAGAACACCUGCAUUCCUGCCUGUAGAGCUUUUAACCUCAUCUCACCGACAAGGGGUAUCGCCUGUAAUGACAGCACUGCCCGAUACACCAAUCAGGAAAUAAUAAAUAACAAUAAAUUGCUCGUGCAUAGCAUUCCAUACACAUGGGGGGCAAAAUAGAAUCAUUUCUGCAGCUAUAACCACUUCCCUUACAGGCGGAACAGCAGCUGUAGUUAAUCUAACGCAGACUGCCUCUGCCAUUUGUUUUCUUUGCUUUGUACUACAAUGAUGAUGAAAACUAGGGUUAGGACAGGUUACAGCAAACCCACAUGAGCACGGGUGCCUCAAAAUGUUCUCCAGAGAAUGACUAUUGGUGGUCAGUUUACAAUCCUCUAUCCCCUUACUAAAUAGCUCUGUGCCAAGUGAUUUAUUCAGGUGUUUCUUUUUUGUAUAUAGGCAGGCGUGCCACAAGUUCAGUGGCACCCAUACCUCCCAAUGCAGAUAGUCUCUUACCUCCCAAUUAAUCUGUUGCCUCCCAAUGCAGAGUGAGGGGGUGUGAUAUGUGCUGUUCAGUAAAAUGGAUGUAAAGGUCACUGACAGGAAUCACAGUGAUUUCUGAAUGCUUCUCUCAGUACCACGGCUAGAAGCUGUAUUCUUCAGCUGCAAGUAACAUUCAGGGAUGGCACAAAGACUGCCAUUCCGAAGCAGUUUGAGACAGUGCAGGUUUUACUGCCCGCUGAAUUGGAGGCUAAAUCUGAACCUGGUAGUUAAAUCCAGCAUUGAACCUGGAUCAAGCUGCCAUGCAAUGGGAGUCCUGUUUAAUCCAUGUGUGUGAUGUUUAUUAGUAUAAUCCAAAUCACUUAUCACGCACCCUGGCAGUCCAAAAACUGCACACACAAACUGGGCAGUCAACAAGGUAUUUAAAAUAUCAAUUCACUCUAGGCUAAAAUAUUGAAAAAAUGUAGUUGGCAUGCAAUCAUAUUUUAAGUUCAAGUUGACUAACACUUGUUUUAAAAGCAUACUUACGUUCUAUUAAAUAAGUUAUCACAAAGCAGUGUUUUGUUUUAUUUUUUACAUUGUAAGCAUUGCUGUAUAUUCUUGUGUGCCUGAAUUACUAACCUGAUUUUUUUUUUUUUUUUUAAUUCAUAUAUUCUGAUGCAGUAUUUUUUGUGUGUGAUCGAAUAUAUCAGUUUAACAGUGUGAUAUACUGGUAAUUGUUUUUUUAAUGGGUGUGCAUUAAAUUGUGUGCAUUAAACAUAAAUUUAAUAACGUGUGCUGGUGUCGAUUUUGCCUUCCUAGUAACUACUAGGAGCUAUUUUCCUCAGUUAAACACACGUGCAAUGGCUACUAAUGAAAUACACAGUGUUUACAAUACACUGCAGUAUUUCAGCUAAA